CGAGCGCCCCGCCCGCCGGACAAGGAGGGGUCAGGCCAGGCGUCGCCGCCGCCCGCCAGCAGGUGGCGCUGCGGCUUCCCAGCGGCCGGCCAAGGGGUCCCUCUUUGGCCGCAGGCGGAGCUAGGACGAGCCAUUUCCCUCCUGUGCUGAGCGCUAAAGGAGCUGGGCGGGGCGCCCCCUCCUCCGCCCCUUCCUGGCCGCGGCGGCUCCCAGCUCCUUGCCCACCACCAUGGCGAUCCGCAAGAAGAGCAGCAAGAACCCGCCCGUGCUGAGCCACGAGUUCAUCGUGCAGAACCACGCGGACAUCGUCUCCUGCGUGGCCAUGGUCUUCCUGCUGGGGCUCAUGUUCGAGAUUACAGCAAAAGCCGCUGUCAUUUUUGUUACACUUCAGUACAAUGUUACCAUUCCUGCUACAGAAGAACAAUCUACAGAAACAAUCUCCCUUUAUCAUUAUGGUAUCAAGGACUUGGCUACAGUUUUCUUCUACAUGCUGGUAGCAAUAAUCAUACAUGCCAUUAUUCAGGAGUAUGUGCUUGAUAAAAUUAACAGGAGAAUGCACUUUUCGAAAACAAAACACAGCAAGUUCAAUGAAUCUGGACAGCUUAGUGCAUUCUACCUCUUCUCAUGUGUCUGGGGCACGAAUAUUCUUGUCUCUGAGAACUAUGUAUCUGAUCCAACGUCUCUAUGGAAGGACUACCCACACAUUCUGAUUCCGUUUCAAAUGAAGUUUUUCUACAUCUCACAGUUGGCAUACUGGUUUCAUGCUUUUCCAGAAUUGUACUUCCAGAAAACCAAAAAAGAAGAUAUCCCUCGCCAGCUUGUCUACAUUGGACUUUAUCUUUUUCAUAUUGCUGGAGCUUAUCUUUUGAACCUGACCCGUCUUGGACUUGUUCUUCUGGUGUUGCAUUACUUUGUUGAAUUUCUCUUCCACAUCUCCCGCCUCUUUUACUUCAGUGAUGAAAAGUAUCAAAAAGGGUUUUCAUUGUGGGCUGGUCUUUUUGUUUUCGGAAGACUUCUGACUUUGAUUCUCUCUGUUCUCACUGUUGGCUUUGGCCUGGCAAGAGCAGAGAAUCAGGACCUGAAUUUAAGUACUGGAAAUUUUAACAUUCUGGGUAUCAGAAUCAUUGUACUGUCUUCAAUCUGUGGAACUCAAGCCUUUAUGAUGUGGAAGUUCAUUAAUUUCCAGCUUAGAAGGUGGAGAGAACAUUCUUCUUCUCAGCCUCAGUCACUGAAGAAGAAAUUUGUAACAACUAAAGGCAGACCAUCCAAAAAAGAGCGAGAAAAUGGAGUAAAUGGAACAGUAACCUCAAAUGGAGCAGACUCGCCUCGUAGCAGGAAGGAAAAAUCAUCAUAAAACUGAAUUUUAUUAAGUUAACUGACUAAUGUCCCCAAAGAAUCUGCUUUUUACUAUGAAAAGCCCUUCAGCACUAGAGAUCUUACUGAUACAAAAAUACAAUUCAUGCUUUUUGAUUAUUGCUAUUGUUUUGUGAGACUUGUUUUUUUUUAAAAACAUUUUGACUUUAAAUAAAGAGUGGGAAGGUUAUUUGUUUUCAACUGUUUAGGGGGCCACAACACUUUUUUUUAAAUAACCUUGAACACUUUUUUAAACACUUAGUGUGAUUAAUAUUAAUCAGAAUUCCACUUACUGAGGAUCAGUGAUACAGUGUAUUAUUCCUUCCAGUUUUUAUAAUCUUGGUAAUAUCUUGUUACAGCAACGUCAUAUUUUUCAAGUUCUUCAAGAAGUGUUGCAAAAUUGAAGUAAAAAAUUUAAUAUCUGUUUUUAGAUAUUCUCGAAUGUUCAGUAUGUUACUUUGAAUCAGAUUUGCAGCUCAGCACUGGUUUUAUAAGACCAUGAAAAUUAAUGUGCGUUAUUUUGUAGGUAAUAGCUGCAUUCGUUUUAAGAAAUGCCCAUGUCAUUAAAACAAAAUCUAACUGAUUGGAAA